CACUAAUUAAAAUAAUUAUCUUAUGCAAUACUCAGAAAGUUUUUCAAAAGAUAAAUACACAAAGAAAAACUUGUUUCAAACACAUUUUUAGAGCAUUUGGGAGUUUAGUUUCUAAAAUAUCUUCUUACAAAUUUAAUUUGUCUGUCUUUAUUUAGUUGAACCUCCUGGUGUUUGUUGACCUCUGGUGGCUCAAAACUUUGUCUGCUCUGAUGAACAUGAACACAGCUUGAAAGAUUUAAUAUUUUUAUAAGCUUUGUGUUGAAUUAAAACCAGGAAUGGAUGCCUUUCUAAAACCAUCUCUGCAUCCAGAACACAAGUUUAGAAAUGACGAUCCUUAGAAAGGUGAAUGUUCUAGAAACAAGGUAUGAUUUUGGUUUUCUGUUUUUUUUAUUGGUUUCUAAAACAUUAACAUUGUUACGAACAUUGGAAAAUUGAAAUGUCAGGUUUUAUGAAGUGCUAAGAAAAAUGCAUACUUCCAUUUUAUAACUAAGUUAAUGUACCUCCUCCCCAGGAUUGUAUGUUUUCAGAGUGGAUAUUUUGUUAAACCACCUUUCACUGAGAUUACUCCUGCAAGUCUUUUUUGGGGUUUGCCUCUACUAGUUAUGAAGAUGCAUUUUCUCCAUACCUCCCCAGCUACGGAAACUUUUGAUUGCUGCUCUAAGUAAUACUCUUCUUGGCCUGCCUGUGAGAAAAGCCAUGUCUUGGAGUUCUUGCAGCUCUGCCAUGGAUUUAACUUUCAUUGCAUAAUGGAUUGAACAGUGUUUUGAGAUUAGCAAAGCAUGUCAUUGUCAAGUUUGGGGUUAGUUUCUGGACCCAUUUAAAGAAACUUCACAGAGACCAAAUUAAGGUUUUGACAUUUAUUAAGUAAAUAAUGGAGGUGCGACUUGGGCAAGGUGAGUUCAUCUAAGGGAAGAUGGAGGUGAUGUUCUGAGAAUGAGUGGAGCUGGUUUACCAAUUUGAGGAGAGGUGGUGGCACAGAAAGGGGGAAUCCCAUUAGAUUGGUGUUAGGUGUAAUUGAUGGUAUCAUCAGGGAUCAGAACUCAGAUUUUUAUGACAUUGCAUUGCAGAUUGCUUCUCAGCAUUAAAGAAAACAGCUGCCUCAGGCACACCCUGUCACUGGAAGCAGAGGUAAGCAACGUCACACCCAGCACACAAACUUUAAACCAUGAAACUAAGAUUGCUUUAUAUGGUGAGAUUAUAAAUUAUAAUUUAUAAUCUAAUAAACUUCUCCACAACUUUAUCAGUGACAUAUUUUUUUUGUUCCUUGACCUUAAUGAUGGUGUUUAUUAGCUUGUGUUGUCUAACAGACCUCAGACGUUCAUAGGAGAGCUGCGUUGUAUUGCUUUUAAAAAGUGGGGCACUUCAAGUUGGUGAAUUCUAAAGGAAGUUGGUGGCAUUCAGUUUGUUUCAGGAAUAUCAGAGAAAAGGGGGCUAAAUAUUAUAUUUUGAUGUCUUUGUUAAAUUAAAAUCCAAUUAUCAUUUUCUUUCCCAUUCACCUUUAGGUGCAACUUGUGGUCAAGAGUUUUUAAUUAUUAUGAGAUGGUAAUAAGAGGAAUGGGGAAACAUUAUCCACACUGUUGCAACAUAGCAAAAAAGCUCCAUUGAACCUAAAUACAUAUUAACAUACCAUACAUAACACAUUCUGCAGACAUUAUGCAUGCAUGACCUAUUAAUUAAUAGGACAUGUCCCAGAGACAAUAGGGGCAUGCCUUUAUGUAUAUCUAUGCCUACAACACAAGUAUUGUAUCUGCACCCACCACUACACAACCAUGGUCCCCUGACACAUGACCAAUUUACACACAGAACAUUUGUAAUACAUCCAUAAUCUGAUUGAUCAGUGUUAAUUGACACUGACCUCCAAAUUUGUUUAUGUAUACCCGUUUGGCCAUGUAUAGCUUCUUCCACACACAGGAUGUCAUACAAUUCAUAUACCAAUUUUCCAAUUGCAAAACAAUUUACCUUAGUGAUUUUGCAUUUUAACAAUAUAGUCCUUUUUGCUGCAAGAAAUGCAAGAUUGGCUAAUUUAUAAUCAUUUUAGGUAUGAAAUUUAGCAGCUCUAUUGCCUAACAAACAUAUGGCUAAAUAAGGUUUAUACUAAGCAUUAUUGAAGCAGCUUUAACAAUUUGAUUCCAGAAAGGUUUCAAGUCUGGGCAAUACCACAACAUAUGGAGUAAUGUCCCCUUUUGCCCACAUCCAUUCCAGCAAAUCUUUGAGGACCGAGGGCCAAUUUGUUUGAGUUUGAGUGGAGCUACAUAUGCAUGAUGGAUUUAGAUAUUUUUAUGUUUCUCCAUGCUUGUUUCCAGUCUAUGGGAUUUUGAUAUACUAUGUCAUGUUUCCAAUGGGAUUGAGGUUUACUGUUUGGGUUUAUUUUUUCCUGAAUUUUAUACUGACCUCUAUCAUUAGUUUGAACAGAUCACAUUUCAAGGUGGAGAUACAGUUUAGCAUGUUCCAACAUGAUAAGCCACUGGUAACACCAUCGUUCAGCAGUAGACAGUGAUACUACUGUGCAGUAGAAACACUGUAUCUUGAAACUAGUUUGACACUGGGUCAAAGCAAGAUAAGACCUCUGACAGAAUUAGGACACUGUUGUCUCCAGGAAGUCAGAGGAAUUAAUAAGGUCACUGCCAAAAGCUCAUUACUCAAAGUACAAAGCUUAGCUUACACACACAUAUAUAUAUAGUCAUAUAUGUGUGACCAUUAAUCAGCUAUAUAUGGUUACCAGUAUACAGCUGAGAGGUACGACUGACAACAAUCUGGGGAAUACGUUUCAGUUGUUUUCCUGAUAAAGUGCAUAAGGAAACAGGUAUGACUUUUACAUUUUUUUACUCUAUGUAAGCCUUGUUGUCCUCUUGGAGAAAAAGUUAUGCAUUGCUUUAAUUUUAAUGGUUAAAAUUAAUGUUUGUUUCACAACUUGAAAUCAUUCUAUUUUGCAGACAUGCUUAGUCACGCACUGCUAUUUUUGGGGAUUUUUCUGAUCUUGGAGUGUGGAUCGCCUAUAGAUGUCUUUACUCAAGAAGCAACUGAAGCAACUGACUUCCCUGGAGGUAUUGUGGAAGAUACAGAGAACCUCACCAGGACAAACUUUGAACUGUUGAGGACAUUGAGCGGCAGAUUCAAAUACACUGCACGGAGCUGUAAAGAAAUUCUGGAUAAUCACAGUGAACGAGAAGAUGGGCUAUACUACCUGACCACAGCUAAUGGGAUGAAGUAUCAGACUUUCUGUGACAUGAACACUGCUGGAGGCGGCUGGACUCUGGUGGCCAGUGUCCAUGAAAACAGCAUUUAUGGGAGAUGCACUGUGGGGGAUCGCUGGUCCAGUCAGCAGGGUAACAAUCCAAAUCUGCCAGAUGGAGAUGGAAACUGGUCCAACAGAAACACCUUCGGUUUAGUAGAGAGUGCCACAUCUGAUGAUUACAAGAAUCCAGGUUACUAUGACAUUGCUGCUAAAGAUGUGUCUGUGUGGCACGUUCCCAACAACUUCCCGAUGGAGCACUGGAACCUGGCAGCCAUCCUCCGCUACCACACUGAAAACAACUUCCUCCGUCUUUAUGGGGGAAACCUCUUCCACCUGUUUAAGCAAUUUCCAGUAAGGUACAACAUUGGCUCAUGCUCCAACAGAGGACCGGCGAUUCCCAUUGUGUAUGACCAUGCAAACAGGGAGUCCACCAGAAAUUUAUAUGGACCAAAGUCAAGAAACGAGUUUGAUCCAGGCUUCAUCACAUUCAGAGCUAUAAACAAUGAGCAAGCAGCCAUGGCUAUCUGCUCUGGGGUCAAACCCAGAGGGUGCAACUCUGAACAUUACUGCAUAGGAGGAGGAGGAUAUUUCCACCCGGACCAGUGUGGAGAUUUUCCAUCUUUUGACUGGGACAGGCUGGGAAGAGAUCAAGGCUGGAGCGCCUCCAAGGAGAUGACCGAGUCUGCUGUCCUUCUGUUUUACCGCUGAGGGGAUCCAUUGAUUGGUGAGCUGUAUUUAAACAGCUCACCAGUAGAUGGCACUACAGCACAGCACAUUUAAAAAUAUAUUGACGAAGGUUUGGGCCGAUUUAAACAGGUGGCAGGGAGGAAAUUAAAGAGAAAACAAAGGAUUAGAGACUUAUAGAUGAAAAUAAAUAUAUAAUGCUCCAAGUAAAGACUGGCCCCUGAGAACUUAAAGUCAUAAUUAAGUACAUGCACAAAGCUUGUGCUGAUAAGAAUUAAACAGAUUCAUUGGAAGAGAUGUAAAGUACCUUCAAACUAUGUAUUGUAGAAAAACUUGCUAUAUUUUCAAUAGAAAAUGUUACCAUGUGUUUUUUUCAGAUGUCUGAGUGUAUUUAAAGAGAUUUUUGAUGAGUCUUGAGCAGCAAAACAAGUUCCUCAGAAGUUGCUCAAUUUUGUGCUACAACAAAAAGAAACCUUUUUGGGAAUAAACAUGCAAAUGUAAAGAAAGUCAAACAGGAUUUAAAAAAAAAACAAUGGCUGGAUUAUUUUUUUACAAAGCUUCUGUGUCAGAUUAUGCUACUGCAACAAAUAGCUGAACAAAUUGAAGUUUUUCUUUUUUUUCUUUACACAUCUUUACUAGUGAUAUUCCAGGUUAUUGCUGCCAAGUAUCUAAUGUUACAUUACAAAUAACAUAACUCAAAAACUCUACCUGUGGUGAAAAACUUACUCCCCAUCAUCUUGAACAUGCAAACUCUUGCGCAAAUCUUAGUGGCAUUUUUACGGUGUGAGAGUCAAAGCAUAUUCAAGUAUUAAAAUAUCAAAUAUCUAAAUUCAACUGAGGAACUUUAACAAAUGCAGAAAAUUGCUUUUCACAAAUACUGUGCUUCCAGUACAUUGAGCUAAUUUGCACAGAAUAAUGGACACAACUUGACAG